AUGAAACGAGAUAAAGUUGAUUGGUUAGUUGUUUGUAAUGCUCAACCUCGGGCAUGGAUGGAGUCUUUGAGAAAGGAAAAUGAUCAGCCGAAAGAUAUUUCUUAUCAAGAAAAAGAAGUUGAAAGCACGGGAAUUGUAAGCAGUGUAGAUGAAGAUUCUUUCGUUAGAUUAAAUGAUGAAAAUGUUGAGUAUGGUGACUUUCUCAAUGAGAAUCCAGAUAAUGAUGAAGAAGAAAAUGAUGAGCCUGAAUUUGACUUUAGUUCAUCAACUAAUGAAGAUGAAAAUGAUGAUUGCUAUGAUGAUGACGAAAAUGAUGAUUGCUAUGAUGAUGAUAAUUAG